AUGGAUAAGAAAGGUUCAGGUUCGUCCGAACCACGUAUACUGAAAAAGAAACACUUUCGUGUCAAACACCAAAAGGUAAAGCUAUUCCGUGCUAAUGAGCCCAUACUCAGUGUCCUGAUGUGGGGUAUAGAUCACACGAUUAACGAGCUGAGCCAUGUGAAUAUACCUGUGAUGCUGUUGCCGGAUGAUUUCCGGGCCUACUCUAAGAUUAAGGUCGAUAAUCACUUGUUCAACAAGGAGAACAUGCCCUCGCAUUUUAAGGUUAAGGAAUACUGUCCAUUGGUGUUUCGCAAUUUGCGCGAACGUUUCGGCGUCGACGAUGUGGACUAUCGCGAAUCGCUGACCCGUUCCCAGCCCGUACGCAUCGAUUCAUCGGGCAAAUCUGGAGCCCAGUUCUACGAGAGCUACAACAAGUUCUUCAUCAUUAAGAGUUUGACUUCGGAGGAAAUCGAACGCAUGCAUGCAUUUCUAAAGCAGUACCACCCCUAUGUGGUGGAACGUCACGGCAACACCUUGUUGCCCCAAUACCUGGGUAUGUACCGCAUCACCGUGGAGAGCGUACAGUAUUAUUUUGGUGUGAUGCGCAACGUCUUCAGCUCCAGCCUGACCAUACACAAGAAGUUCGAUCUGAAGGGCAGCACCGUAGACCGCGAGGCAUCCGAAAAGGAAUUGGAAAAGCCAUUGCCAACCUAUAAAGAUAAUGAUUUCAUCAAGCAAAAGGUACGCAUCGAAAUUGGCGAGGAGGCCAAGAAGAAACUUAUGGAUGUGCUGACCAACGAUGUGGAACUGCUGACAAAACUACACAUAAUGGACUACUCACUGCUGGUGGGCCUACACGACUGUGUUCGGGCCGAGGAGGAGGAGUUGCAGGGUGGUAACCCCCAAAGUGCUGCCGGACGCAGCGAGAACAGUGACAGUGAGGAGGGUGACAGCGGUGAACGAUGGACCUACAAUACGCCCCCAGAUUCGCCACGAUGCGCCCAGUACAAGGAGGUGGUGUACGAGGUGGACAAGUAUGCAAUUCCCAGUAUUGAAGAGAGACGUGAGAUUUAUUUCAUUGCCAUUAUCGAUGUGUUGACUCAGUAUGGCGUCAAGAAGCAGGCCGCGAAGGCUGCCAAGACGGUCAAGUAUGGCAGUAACGUGGAUGGUAUAUCGACAUGCGAUCCCGAACAGUAUGCCAAAAGAUUUCUCGAUUUCAUGGAUAAGGCCAUAGAAUAAGAA